CGCGUCCAGACAAACAUGGGCAAGACCAGCUUCACCUCUAAUCCCUAUCCAAAGCUCGACCUCACGGAAGCUGACCGUGAGAUGCUGCUGCAACUCGAAAAGGAUCUGAUCAACGAAGUGUUUCCGAGAUACGAAGAGUUCGUCGUUGUCGAUAAACGGAAAGUCAAACGUGCUCAAUGGAAAGCCAUCGGUGACGACAAGAACCUCCAUGUAUACGUCGAGCGAGACGGCUGGAGCGGUACUUCCCAAGACGAGGACGUUCCCGUUCAAGACAGCACCGACAGCUGGCAGAAAAAUAUGCCGAUCAUCCUCGCGGUGGGCACUUUUGAGGGAGAAUUAAACGACCUCAUGUUCGGUACUGUGAACCCAACACAAGAGAUCAUGCGAGUCAAGGCCUCGUAUGUCAAAGACUACAGUGAUGGCGCAGUGUUAGCCAAUAUUGUUGUACCCACCCUCGACGACCCUUUCCGUUCCGUAUCCAUCAAAUGGACACAGAUCAAUCUACCACUGAACCAGACUGGAUUGAUCCAAAACCGCGACUUUGUCUGUCUAGAAGCCACCGGUAUUCUACAUUUCGCUAAUGGAGACCGCGUCGGUUACCAGCUUCUUCAUUCCAUCGACUUCCCAAGUACCCCACCACUUUCCGGAACAAUCCGAGCUCGCCACAAGAUCAUUGGAUUCUAUCGACAAGUUAGCCACAAUGUCAUCGAUACGUACGCCUUCGACACGGUACAUCCAGGUGGGAAAGUGUUCCGAUCGGUGGCUCUGAAAGCCUCAGCUGAAGCUCUACUAUCCACGACAAACUACGUCAUCUGUGGCCAAGCUAAGAAGCUCACAUGGAGGCUACAACACCGUCACGCCGAGACACGGUCGUUCCGUCAUCGAAGUAGCACACGCAGCGUUCUCGGUGACAAUUCGUGUACAGCUUGUGCACGAAAUUUGGGUCCAAGAAGCUUCGGUUUCCCUAGAGUCACGGCUUUGGGAAAGAGUGUUUGUAAACUCUGUCUGAACCCCGUGUGUCUCAAGUGUAAACGUCCGAAAGGGAUCAGCUUCCUGACUCCGGAUGGGAAGCUUCUACGUCACAAAAUCACAUUCUGUGUCAUGUGUAUGAGCGAAGUCACGCAGAUGGAUGCGUUGCCAGCAGCACGUGAUCAAGCAGAGGGAUACCAAGCCUACAACGUCAUGGCUUCACUUUCCGGAUCCGACAUUCUUUCGGAUGAUCUGGAUGUCUAAUGC